AUGUCUACCACACUCAUUACUACCCGCCGACGACCACAAAGCACUACAUCUACCUCAUCGCGAAGAGCGCCGGCUACAUCCACUUCGUCACCAAGAGCGACUGGUACUUCUACCAAACAACGGAAACCGAGCGCAACUUCUACAUCAUUACGCAUUGCCUCAUCGUCACCAACCGCACUACCUACCAACUUGGCAUCAGACUUCUCCUUCAUCCAACUUGGAACGAAUGCUCCCGUUCCCAGCGUAACCAACUCAUUCAAUCAGCCAAGCCUCGUGGACACUUCCAAGGGACCCACCGAGACAUGCUCUACAGAUAGCGACUGCGCAAGCGGCAAAGCAUGCUCGAGCGCAAGAUGUGUUACCAUGGGCGGUGCUGCACCGCUUGGCGGGUCGGGCGCAGAGCCAACUUCGCGACUAACUCCAGGGUCGGCUAUUGGCAUCGGUGUAGGAGUUGUGGGAAUGGUGGUGUUGAUGAUUGCAGCUGGUUACUGGUUCUGGAGGGUUCGAGCAAGACGGCCACGCACCCAUACGAUCGAAGCGCCUUCACACACUCGCCAAAGGUCUGCCUCGAAUGCCACAGAUCAGAGGACCUUGGUAGCAUCACUACCAAACAGUCCCCAGAACGCAGCCUUCAGUCAACAACAGACCAUGGACCCAGGGCUAUUUGCCAGGGCUCUUGCAUUCAAUGAGAAGAAGGAGAAACCGGACAACAAGAGGUCAGGAUCUAUGGAGAAGCACGCACGAAGCUCAACAGAAAAGGCACUGCCACCUCGUCCAACACCUCAUCCGCUCAUGGAACAUCCCCUUCCUCCACCGCCAACGAAAGCAAAGUCGUAUGCUGUCAAUGUCAAUAUCAACAAGAGCAUGAUACUCGAUGAUGAGUUGAUCAAUGCCGUCAGUUCGCUUCGGGGUAAUGAUACUCCUCGCAGUGGUACUCCCACCCGGGAUCGUGCGCCACGAUACAAGUUUGAGGAAUACAUCCCGCCUACAGCCGCUCCUCCAUCGAUAUCCAUCUCGCAUGCCACGCCUACCGCGGAAAAGCGAAACUCGGAAUACGAACUUAGCCAAUUACCGAACAAAAGACACUCUGUCGACAGUGUCUCGAUAGCCGACGGCAGUUCGAACGGAGGUGAUUCCGAACCACCCUCCCCUGUUAGAGAGACUCUUUCUAAACUGGAGAGCAAGCCCCCUCAACUUCCAUUACCCGACUUGCCACCUCCAAGCCCAAGCUUCAGCUUUCGUUCCUACGACUGGUACCAGGAUAUUAUAGGCGAUCAACCAAAUGGCGAGCCGAACACACCCACCGUUCCUUCGCGCAACCCUGCGCGAACACCAACAGAAUCGACAUUCCCUAAACCACUUUCUCUUUCUCCAAAGAAGGCGCAGUCCGCCAUGCUACACUCGAGUCUUAUUCCAGAACCACUUUCACCUGGUGCACCUCCUGCUGCAUCAGGGUUGCUUUUACAUCCAAGUUCAACGGUACUACCCAGUCCUACGAACCCGAACUUUCGUUUAUCACCAACUGUUUAUACCCCUCCGCGACAGCAGUCUCCUAUACCACCAACAGCCCCACGUCGAGCCUCCGCGCGGGCUUCUACAAUGACCACGGCAACCCGAGCUACGCACGAUUCGCGAAGCUGGCUCCCGGACGAUGGAUUGUAUCUUGCUGAAGAAGGUGACGAAUAUGCCGAAUACAAGACUUUCCAUCGACCUAGCGAGGACAGCAGGCCUACAAGCUACUCGCCCUUGACGUGA